AUGCAAACACGGCUCUUGUUGGCCUUGGCCCGGCCGUCAACUGCUUCAACUGCAGAUGCGGCUGACCUAGAUCUACAUGUCCCAUCAAUAGCGAAGGAAGUGGCUAGAAUACUUACUUCCAAAGAUUACUACAUAAUGAGUUCUCUUUUUAAUAGAAUACCUUUCUACUCGGAAAGAAAUGCUAUGAUACGAUUAGCUCUAAUGCUACAUCUAGAGGUCCAGUCCCCUGGGUCAUUUGAUAUCUCUAGUCUGAGUUCCAUUCAACAAGCCAGUUCUGUUAGAUCACUUACAGUCCCCGUAGUGUCCAGUAGCUGUCUCUUUUUCUUACCGGCAAGCGGCUUGAAAAAAAAGUUAAGAUAUCUCCAUCCGGUGGGAGUUGCUAUCCAUAUAGUUCAAUGGCAGUUCUACUUGCAGCCAUUGAGAGUUAUCUUGCAUCCGCUUUCUAUCCAGCAGAGUCAGGGGCAAAAGGAUCUGACGCAAGUUGGAGCUAAGGAUCGACAGAAAGCUAGGGAAGAGGAGAAUCGCCCUAAAGAGCCUGCCUAUAUCGGAGGAGUCUCCGGUACUGAUUUCCUUGUUUUCGCUUCUGGGCUUAACCAAGCCAGGGCGAAUAAGGGAUGCAUUCAUUUUCAUUAUGAGUGUAAACCCUUAAGAGCCGUCGGCCAUAAGACUUUGGGAAUCAAGAGUGCUCCAGUAGCAUUGGUGGAACAAUCGAAAGACCAUUAUGAGGAUUGGGAAAAACCUACAUAUGGAAGAUGA